UUAGAGGGCACUUAUGUCGUAUAGAUAAAACCUUGGAGGAUGUAAACGUAAGAACCCCAAAUGUAAAGUACCAAUCCUCAAUCAUCAUUCAUUCCCCACCUUUACGCAAUCGGAUUGACUAAUAAACCUCCAUAGCCAUCUGCAUCAAUUCUUCUUCCCCAAUUAAAAUCAUCAUCAUCCCAAAGAUUCCUCCUUUUUAAUCUUGCAACUAUUUCUGAGCUCAUCCCCUCGAAGAUUUAUUAGAACCAUGGUAGGGGCUGCCGUUCCGUUGGAAGUCGCCCGGACGGUGUUGGAGUUCGCUGACUUCACAUGGACGGCCAUGGAAUGCAGUCAUCAUCUCCAUCCCCACCACCCUGAACACGAGAAAGGGACGGCGCCGGCAACGGCAAAGGGAUCCCUCGAAUCGAGCCCAGAAAAAUCCAAGGAUGAACAGGAAUUGGAAGCUUUGCGGUCUGAAAAUCGUCGUCUUAGAAAUUUACUGGAACAAAAUCUUAAACUUCUGGAUAGUAUCUCCCAAUCUCCUGUAUCCCAAUCCUGCCCGCCCGAUCUCCAGGAACGAAUUAUAGCUGCGGUCAAUUCUAAAAGCUUCGUUGAUAAGCUUGAAUCUUAUUCCUGUUGUGAAUUUCCAUUUUCUGAAGCUUCAGUGAAGGAUGUGGAGAAGGCUGAAGUUCUCGUCAAUUUAGACCAGAAAGAUCCAAGCUGGUGGGUUUGGGUUUCGGACGAGGUCACUCCAAUUAAUUUUGAAGCUCCUAGUGAAAUUGAUUCUGAGAAUUACGUGAUUGUCACUGAGGAGCAUGUUGUUGAUGGGAUUGCAAAUUUCAUGGCCAAAUGCAUUGCUUCUAAUCCCAAAGCUAAGGUGUGUGGAUAUUAUCAUCCCUUCUCUGUUUUUCUUUCCCCAAAAUGUGCCUGGAGUUUUAGAAGCCAAAUGUUAAACGAAUUUGUAGCUCUGUGUUUGACUUAAAUUUAUCCUUUUUCCUUGCUUUAAUUUGCAGUUAUUGCCUCCUCAGCAGCUUCAGAAAGGUAUAACUAUUCAUUCCGUUUGAAUAUUGGUUAUACUGCAUCAUUUUUGUUUGAUUUUUAGUUCUCUUUGUUGUUAGUAAUGUUUGAAUAGCCGUGUAUAAUCUGUCUUCGAAAAUGAAUGAUCCUUUCUUUUUUUAUUGCAUUAAUGCUGUUUGACGGGUGAUAAUUUUUGUUAUAAUCAAAUAAUGGUGUCCUGUGAUAUGGAUAUUUUACUUUAGGGGAAGCUCUUCAAAUUUAUGUUUUAGCUAAAAUUAGUAUCCUUGCAUCAUGUUUUAUGAUAUAUGAUAAGAUAUGUUGUACUCUUACUGCUUUAGAUGGAGGAUUCUCUUAACCAGGAAAAAAAAAAAAAAAGAUGGAGUACGCUAAGAUAGGAAAACACACUAUAGUUCCUUUCUAAAUACCUAAAUGUCUAAUUUUUAAAAUCAAAUCCACCGCAAUGGCUGUAUCGUGCCACAUGUCUCUGUUGAGUUUUUAAUCUGCACUAUGUGAGCACUUCUUGCAAAGGUUGAGCUAAUUGUAUUAGUAUUUCUAACAUGUUCCCCUGCGAUGUUCUUUUUCUUUCCGGUCAUUUCAUUCACAUUUUUAAUUGCACCUGUUUUCUGCCCGAAUUCAUUGAUUCGCAGCUCUUACUAAAGCUUUGGAGGGUGAAAGUAAGUUGGAAACAGUGGUUUACCUUUGGACAGCUGGAAGGAUGUUUUAUACGAUAUCUACAUGGGGCUUUGCUCUUGCCGGGUAAGAUUUAUUCGAGCGAUGUUCAUUAUAGACCUGAUACUUCACAAGCAUGUGUUCAGAUAGAACAGAUCUUAGAUGCUCUUAUGGGGUUUGAAAUGGAAACUAAGCGUAACAGGUCUGAAGAACUGAUUAAUUGCCCAAAAACCGAAAAGCUGUGAAUAACUCUCAGAACCCUUUGGUGUAGCACCAAGGGAUCUGAAGGCAUCACACUAAAGCAAAGUUGCAUCGCAUAAUUCUUGAAGAAAGAUGCAUUUGGAAAUUUGUGCUGAACUUGUAUAAGACGUUCACAAGGAAUUAGGAAAUUACUUACAGAUUGCUUACUUCGAUUGGGUUCAUUGUCAUUUAGAUAAGUACACAUUACUUACAGACGACAAACUAAAACCAACUUGUAUAAGACGUUCACAAGGAAUCACUUUCCUUUCUGACCCAAUCGCAAAAGGGAAACUUACCUUGAUAAACUUUAAAAACUAGCAUUUCAUGAUAGUCAGCUAGGAUUUAGGAAAUUCCUGCGAAGCAGUAAUCUUUUUUAUAACUCUUGAUAAUGAGAAUAUAAAAUCACUAAAAGGAAAGGAGAGAAACCUGCAUCUAAAGACUAUAUUAAAACACGUUUUGCAAAUUACGGAAGUUCCUUAACUGGCUCCUUCAACAUCCAAUAUAUGCCAGUAAGGGCUCUGCGCAUUUCAUAACCUUUUACCAAUUGUUCCCCAAAGGGAUCCGAAACUGGCUCCUUUUACCAUUGAAAACUAGAAUUGCAGAGUAGAUCUUAAAACUGCAGUCUCACAUGACAAACUUACUAGAUUAGCUAACUAUUGCCCUAGUGAAGAAUCUCAUUUUUGCUUUGUCUGGAGCCAUAUCCAUCUACUGUUUUUGUUUUUGAAGCAUAUACUUGCAUAUUUUACCCCUAUAGUUUGUCAAAUGUCAUCUGAUUGUUUUUGGAAUGUCCUGGAAGUAAUGAUAUUAAAGGGAACUAAGUUUCAAAUAAUGUCCUUAGUUUGAGGAACUAUGUGCUGAAAUGAAAUAGGUUUUUCAUGAAUGGUGUGUCUUUUCUUAAUUGGUUUAACUGCCUAAGAAGGAUAUAAUCAAACUUUUUACUGAUUUAACCAGCUUCAUUUUGACGUUGUCGUCUGGUAACCUCACCGGAUUGUUAUAUUUUGUCCAACUGGAGUUCAUUUCUCUUCCCUGCUUAGUUCAAAUACUUCCUCUAACUUAAGGUUUGUCAAUAUCAGUUGAUUAGUCUUUCAUAGGAAUCCUAUAAUACUGCAUUGCGUUAAUUUUUGUGCCAGUACUUCGUUUUAUUAACAUUGCAGCUACUCGCAUGUGAUUAUUAUCAAUUCCAUUUCCAUUGUCAGCUGGACUCUGACAUUAUUGUACUUUGAAUGUGAUAGGUUGUACAGUGCUCGCAGCCUUUUAAAGGUUGCUGCUACAGGGGUUCACCACACUAGUAAAAUCGUCAUGAAAACUCUGUGAAAGCUGAUUCCUUCAAUGUUUGGGGUAGUAGAACCUUCGUCUACUGUAUGAUCCCGCUUUGAAAUUGUACAUAUAACUUUUUAAUUAUCUGUCUCCAAUUCAACUUCAAAUUGUAUGCAAUUUGUAAAUAUUGUAAUUGUUGUGAGAUUGAAGUCUCUAAUGUCAUGGACUUAUUUUCCGUCCUUAUUCUUGCCCUAAUGUGUGUAUUGAGUAUGAGAGUAUCUGUUGCAAAGUCUAAUCCAAUGAUCAUGUCAUGCAUUGAUCUGCCAUUUUCACAUUGUUUCUACCAUGCAUUGAUUAGACAAACCAAAAGUUCCUUGUAUCUUCAAGAUGUUUGCAUUUUACCAUGUACAUGAACUUUUAUUACUUCUCAAUUUUUUGACUGGAAAAAAAG